CCAAAAAUAUUUUUUGGUAUUUUUGCAGUCAUCGUUGCCUGCAGCCGCACCGUUGCAGCCCCGCGCCGCACGUCCGCGUCGCACGCUCCUACCGUCCGUUGCAGCCCCGAGGCGGCGGCGCAACCCCAUCGCUCGCAGCCUUGCCAGGCAGCCCAAAUAGCAGCCCGUCCGCCACGACGCGGGCGCGCACCGCCACGACGGCGAGCCGCGUCGCCUCGCCGGGCAAGGCUCGACGGGCCAGCGAGGCCCAAGACACGCUGGAGCGCCACAUGUCAAGACCGGAAAAACGGUCGGUGGACCUCGAGGCGACCGAGAUGCUGGCCAAGGCGAAACAGAGCGAUCCCAACCUCCAGGAGGCGAAGAAUGAGGGAGGCAUCACGCGGGCGGGCCUCAAGGUGCUGGUACUGUUAGCGUUCCAGAACUGCGUCAAAAACCUUGUGAUGAGAGCUGCGGUCUCCGGGGACGCGCACUUCUUGUACUCGGCGGCGGUCAUCGCGACCGAGGGCACGAAGUGUCUAUCGUCCACCUUAUAUGUCUUAUGUACUGGUGGUUCUCCUAAUACAAUAUACUUAUACCUAAGGACGGAAUGGCGCAAGUUCGCGCUGCUGGCGGUGCCGGCGGGCAUCUACAACUUCCAGCAGACGCUGGAAUACGUGGCGCUGCGGAAUUUGAAUGCGGCGCUGUUUUCCGUCCUCGUACAAACCAAACUGUUGACCACGGCGAUAUUUUCGGCGGGUCUACUCGGCAAAAGAUUAAGACGGGCACAACUGAUUUCAUUAGUUUUACUAACAACUGGAGUCAUGCUCGCGCAGUUGCGACCCGAUAGAGGCGAGGCGUCGAACGGCGAGUCGGUCACUACUGGUAUUUUAGCAACAUUAGGCAUUGCGUUAUCAUCAGGCUUCGCCGCGGUCUACACGGAGAAGGUCAUUAAGAGGGUGGGUACGACGCAACAGACGGCGACGGCGCCUCCAGUCAGUGGAUUGGCUUAUACGCAGAUCCAGCUCGCGAUGACGUCUUUGGUCAUCGAAGGGGGCUGGGCCUUCGCGACCGACGGCGCCGCUAUCAGAGAACGGGGAUUGUGGGACGGCUUCGACUACAAGGCGUGCAUCUCCGUCUUCAACUCCGCGGCCGGCGGUCUGACCGUGGCCGCAGUUUUGAAGUAUGCGGACGCCGUCCUCAAGGGCUACGCCACAGCCGUGUCCGUCGUCCUCACCGGAUUACUGAGCAUGCUCUUCUUCGGGACCACGCUGUCCGUGGAGUACGCUUUAGGCAUGGUCAACGUCUUCGCGGCGAUCGUGCUCUACAACGUGCGCGACCUCGACGCGCACGCGUGGUAGUCGCUCUGCUUAACGUAUCCGGUCGGUUUCUCUUGCUUUCUAGGGUGGAAUUACUAAACAUAACACAGGACC